GGCCGGCCGGCCUCGCCGACACGCCAGUUCUCGUUUGAACCGUGACUAUAGUGGUUGUCUGUGGCGAGCCUCACAAAGUUUACUACCGCGAAAGGAUUUUCCUUUGUCCCGAUCCACACGGAUCCUGUCGUAUUAUGAGUCCGCGCGAGUGCUGCGAACAACCUCGGCGUAUUGUGGAGCCGAAACGUGCACGCUCUAUAUCGCGUCGAAGUUCUCAUAACUUACCAAAAUUCUGUGACGGUUACCCAGCGAAACGCGUGCGCCGGGCGAUUUGAAAUACUUGAAGUGUUGUGUGUGAGGACGAUCCGAGAGACGUUCAGCUACCUGUGUUGUUUUGUAACUUUCGUAACAAUGUCGACCGGCAAGCGUCUUGCGAAGCGCUCUAUCAUCGGUACGCGUGUUGCGGCGCUGGGUGAUGAUGGACUGUACUAUUCAGGGAUGAUUCAGGCAGUGAAAACGCCGGCACCGUUUCCGGAGAAUAAUAACUGUAUUAACUUGACUCCUAAUACUCGGUACACUGUGCGGUUUGACGGCGGUAAGCUGACCAGGGAAUAUAGAGACGCCGAGCUGAUCGGGCCCGGUUUUCGGGGUUUGACCGGAGUGCGUUUGAAGGCCGGUCAGCGUGUUUUCCUCACGUACAAUGGGCGCGAAGUGCGCGCUGAUGUUCUGGAACACGACCACGACUCUGACGAACUACGCGUCCAGGUGCAUUCACCUUCAGCCGAGGUGCCAAUAGAACUCAGAAAAAGGCUGGAUGAGAUAAGACUUCUGGAGUCACGUAAAUCAGCGAGACUGGCUGAUGUUGAUACAGACUUCGCAAGGCUUGCAGAUAUGGCUGGAGACCGCCGUAGAGCCUCCGCUACCAUUGAAGUACCAGCACAUCAUAUGCAGGGGUCUCGCAAACGUGGCCCCAGCAGCUCAUACGACCUUGGUUAUGGAGAACGCGACGAUCAGAUGAAUGAAUGCAAUGCAGCCUUGGUGCUGAUGUCUCUGAGCUGCUCACCAAACUCACCACGGCCAAGCGCAUGGGGCGGUCGGUCAUCAGUGUCUCCUGGCGCAAGCAGUAGCUCUGGCUCAUCAUGGCGCUCGGGUACUCCAUCACCACCUCCUGUCUCCUCAUCAUUCAGCGACGAAGGCAUUGCUAUGGACUAUGAAGAUCAUCACCCACGCAAGAAAAGGGUAAACAGUGUCGUGUUUGAAUGCACCUGGAGAGGAUGUGGUUACAUCACACACACCUGUUUUUCUAUUGAAGCACAUAUCAGACAGACACACUUGGGGCCAAAGAAAGAAGGUGAAAGUGAUCAUGAAGAGGAGUUCUAUUACACGGAGCGUGAAGUGUCCACGCCAGCCCCGCCACCCACUUUAUCCCACCGAGACAUGUGUAGGCCUCCACAUGAAGAUCCUGAUUAUCAACGACAGAUUGUGGGAUCUUACAGACAAGGACUUCUAUCAACCAUGCAGAACUUAUCAGCGAGGUCCAUCAGCAUUCCCGUAACGCAUUCCUGGUCUAACUCACACUCCCCGAAGCACAUGAAAAUAUCAGCAAACGGUGCAUCACCCAGUAGCCCGGGCCGCAGACCUCGCUCCGACAAUAAGAAGUGCAGGAAGGUGUACGGAAUGGACCAAAGAGAUCAAUGGUGCACACAGUGCAAAUGGAAGAAAGCGUGCACACGAUUUGGCGAUUAAACCCUGAACUUUGCAUAUGAGGUUUUAAACGUCAAGUAACUUCUACUGCCAGAACAGAUGCCAGGGUAGAUUACCCAACAUACCAGGGUAGUGACGUCACCGAACUUUGAGAGUGUCGAAACGGGUAAACCGGACAUUAAGUAUUUUAAGACAUGAUAUUUUAAAUGUAAGUAAUGUUAAUGGAGACAUAUUUUUCCUUUCCUGUGGCUCAUGGCUACAGCGGCAUUGCCCACAUAUUUUUGUAGGGAUACUAAAUGUCUUGAACAGAGACUGUGAAUAUUUUAGAGAUAAGCAUAUGUUAGACUGACUUUCGUUUAGUGUGAAAACAUUUGGACAUUAGCGUUACCUACUCUCACUAGCACAUUUGACCUGUACAGCAAAUUGCACAUGCAGAAAUAACUAUUUUAUGACUAUUUUACUUCUAAAAGCCAAACACCGUAAGAACUAGUCGUAUUUUUUAUCAAAUUUAUUUGUUCAUUACGAGCUUUGAUGAUUGACUUAAGUUUGCGAAUGACAAUUGACACAUGUCAGUGAAAUCCGUCCGCGUUCACAGAGCGCAGUAAAUAAAUGUUCUCACACUGCGAAAUUAUAAUCUAUAUCGACGGGGUGACCAUCGUUCCAGUCGAAAUAUACACAAAUGGUUAAUAUGUUUAUGUAUUGACUGAAUUAGAAAAUAUACUUAAUAUAAGUUUUCUCAGGUUUGACUAAAAGACUAAAAUUUAGAUUGAAAUUUUUAAACAUAUCUGUACGUAUACAUGUUCGUCCUGGAGAUGAAGACAAUACUCAGGAUUGAGGAAAAAGCUUGGACUAGAGAAGAAGAGUCGGUUGAUGUGAUGCAAAUUAUUGGUGCUAAUUCUGAUGAACUUGAAUUUCAGAGUGUGAUUAAAAUUUCACAAACGGAUUAGCAUAUUCCGUUACUUAUCUGCUCUGACAGAUAACAUGAAUUUGACAGCAAACGCUAAUGUCAAAAAUGUUACGCAUUCUAUCGUUUGUUUUUAACUUCCAUUUCCUGUCACUACAGACUACAUAGAUUAUACAAGUUUUAAACAGAAUUAGCACUAUUAAAGCAAUAAAUUCUUUAAAUUGACAUCUAAGAUACGAAUUUGAUAAAGACAUUUUAUGACGGAUUAAUUGCCCAACGUUUUGAAAAAGCCUUAAGAACGAGUUGUCUUUGAAGAUGGGCAUAUACUCAUGACCAACUGGAGUUAUAUAUUUAACUCAAAGGCGUUAUAUGACCCGUAAAUUCAUUUUAAAGUGAUUUUAUUUCGAAAUGGAGGAAUUCUUUUCACUAAGAAUAAUAUUCCCAUACGAUCGAACGGCUCAAGGAAGGAAAUCGGAUGUGAAAGGCUAUUGCAAAAUGCAAUAUUAUUUAUUAAGUAUUAUAUAUAUGUAAAUAAUAUAUAAGUUACGUUUUAUUAUAGGUACCAAAAGCAAUCGUAAUAUAGGGUACCUCGAGUGAAAUAUUUAUGUUCGUUACUUAAUGUGAUUGUUAACGAUAAUUUUAUAGACACGAAGUAUAUUAAAGUUAUGAAUUAAGAAUAAUAUAGUCUAUUGAAUCAUUUAUCAGCGCGGCGUUUCCAUAUCUUUGGUGUUACCAGUUAAGUUAAAUUCGAAACAGUGCCAAUACAACGUUUAUUCAUGAGUGUUCAUGUCUUAUUGGUGCUUUUGCAAAGCGCACAUUGAAUUUUAUAUAUUGCGUGACAAGCUGUGGUCGUGGCCAAAUGCCUCGUAGCCACACUUAUCUUCAGCUUAUCUUGCCAAAUUGCAGUUCAUUUUGACCUGCACCGUUUACCAAAUAUAUCAGUUAUUAUCAAAGGUUGUGAUACAAUUUAUUGUAAUGUAAAUUACGAUACUUUAAUUCACAUUGAAGACCGCGCCCGAAAAACCAAAUGAUCCCCUUUAGGCUAGGAUAACAACUCAGCUAGCGUUUAAUCAACUGCCAUAAUUUAAGAAAUUAGUUUUAUCUAUGGAAUAGAAACAGUAUAGAUUAGCUUAAGCUGGAAGUCAUAGAGUAGUAUUUAAUUAAGUACAAUAAACUUCAUAACGUGCAAAUAUUUCUCUUGUUCCUAUUCCCACUUGACAUUUUCAAUGUUGCUCUAUGUUUUGUCUAUGGUCAAAAUGCUACUUGGUGCUCGAACUGCUUUUGCUGAAUCAAACCGAUCUCAACAUUCACGAAGCUAUUAGAUUUAUUUACAAAAAUAUUAUUUAUUAGUUUUAUAUUUGUAUUAUUAGAUUUUAUGUUAUAUUUAUUUAGCCAAAUUUGCUCAAUGUACACUCACCAAAGUCAUAAUAAAAAUAGCAGUACAAAGAGCAUAAUAAUGCGCAAAAAGUAUUCGUAAAUUGCCGACUUGGCGGCUUGCGUUCAUAUCAUAUAAAGGCGGUUUUCAUCGUCGAAAAAUAAUUUUAGUAAUAAGAACGCUAGUCUAGACUAAGUCUUAUUCUGAAACAUUUUUUCAUAGAUUUUAUUUUCAAGAGUGUAUCUUUUAGAAUUACUCAAUAAUAAUUUAAAUAAAUUAUUGUUUGGUAGACUCCAAAGGUACUUAUCACUGUAUUUAUAAGUUUCAUAUAUUUUUAUACAGUUUCCCAUCACCGCUUUUCUGUCAUACAAAUAACUAUAUGUAAAUUACUGUGCCUCUUCUUAAACUUAAUAUAUAAUAAGAGAAACAUGUAAAUAUGUAUAAUUGAUACUUAAGUACCUUUCCGAUAAGACUUCUUACUAAUCUGUUACAAGUUGAGAGAAUAUACCUAUUAGAAUGUUGCUUUAAUCGGCCAAUAGAUUUCCAAUUUCGUUCCAUAGACAAGGUAAACUUGAACAAAAGUUUAUCUAUUAUUAUCUGUAUUUAUAUGUUAGCUUAUAAUCUGUGUAACUACAAUAUGUAAAUUGUUGUGGGCAAUAUAAUUUUAUGAAAAUAUGUCUCCUAAAUUUAUGUAAUAACAGGAAGUAGGUGUGGUUCUAUGAGUUAGACGCAUUACAUCAAAGUACCUUAAAUAGUUUAAACUGGAAAAAUCACCUUCAUUUAUUCUUUGAUUUUUAUAAUUAGUAUUAUUAAAUUUUCUAUUUAUUUAGACAAUGUUCACGAUGACAUAUUUUUAAGUAGUUAAUUGUUUUAUAUUUUUAUCUUAUUUUAAUUUUUAGGGCGUGUCCCGUCAAUGUAUCAUUAAUAUAUUUACGAUGGUUACCAGUAGAUAUAAGAAUUGUGUGUCUUUAUCGGAACAUUGAUACGAUUCGUUCUCGAUUAUGUAGGCAUAUUUCCAUAUUAAAAUUAUUGUUAUUGUCAAUAUCACAGGAGUGCAUAACCCGCUGUCAGCAUUACAUUUAUUCCUGAAUCAACUGUUAAAUACGUAAGAAUUUUGGCGCGAAAUGUUUAUGGCCAAACUUCAAGGUAAAUUGUCAAAUGUUGUGCACACAGACUGAGGUCAGAGGUGUUUUUAGCUGGGACUUGUGGCAAUCUUUGCUAAUAUCAAAAAUACUUUAAGACGUUUAAGGUCGAUGAUUAAAUAGAUAACGCCUUGUCACGUGACCGUUUCCAAACAAAAAAUGAGACUUAGUGCUAAGCCUGAGUCCUGUACUUCAAAUUAAGUGCUAAGCUUCAUUUCUUAAUCUCACCCUGAGGCCCUCAGCGGUAGAUACCAAAUCAAUGCCAAAUAAUCAAGCUUGUCUGCCCUCAAUUUAUGUCUAAACAUAACUGCUGACAGUUCAUCUAUUGUGAUAUUUAUAAUAUUUAUUUAUAGUAGAUGAAAUCUUGUGUUAAACGUUUUAUAUGAACUAGCCGCUAAGUAUUGUUACUUUAAAUAGUACCUCCUAAAAGUUUUAAACCGUUUGUUGAUAUCUAAACCACAUUCCAUAGAUUAUCUAUGGAAUACAGAUUCAAUUUUUAACAAAUUUUGAAUAAAAUAAUUAUAAUUCUAGUUCUACCAUGUAAACGUCAACAAAUCACAGUCGAAACUUAUCCUAUCAGGAAGUGAACCAUGCUUUGCUACUAAUUAGAUUGUUUUAAUUAGGUCACAGAACUUUAACUUUACGAGUUUAACAACGUCCUAAAUGCUUCAAAUAUAUUGAAAUCCUUAUUAUAUCGCUUAACACCAGGUGUCUUAGUCAAGAUGCCUUAACAGUUGUCUAUGGAGAAAGUCGAAGACUAAAUUUGUAUGACAGUUCCCCGGAUAGGGGCCGCUUCUUAAUUAAAAUUGUAUU